GAUGGUUUAUCGAGUGAUGUACCACUGGUUGAAUUUAUAAAUCCAAAUGAAACAAAUAUAACUCAAAACAAUCCCAGGCAACACCAAAUUCAUAAUCCACGGAAUAUUUCUUUACCCACAUCAUCCUCAAUAACGUCACAUGAUGACGACAUUUUCUCUCGUGAUCACGGAGACCAGCAAGCGAAUACUAUGCCUUCGUUUCUUAGUAGAAGAGUAACAACUGGAUCUGAUGAUAAUGAAGAGAAUUAUGUCGAAAUGUCUGAUCUUACCAAAUCUUUAAGUUUAACCAGUGAGUUUGCAUUCGACAACAUUGAUGAUAGUGAUACGGCCAAACUAACUAAAAAUCGGGUGGAUUACACAUUAGAAAAGAAAAAUACCCAAAUAUCUUUUGACAACCAAGAUGAAGAUGAUUCUCAUGACCCCCGUCUGCUCAGUCGCAUGCCUUCGUUCAAAAAGUUUAGAAGGUUAAGUAAGAUGGUCACUAGGGCUUCGUCUCGUGUUGUUAACUUGGCAAAUGUUCCACUUGAUCAACUUUCAAAAGAAGGUGACCUGUCGGAUGACAAGAUAUUUUCGGAUAUUCAGCAAAGAAAUUCUACUUCAUCAGAGGCAGCAUUGAACAACCAAUCUUUAGAAACUCCUUCAACCAUCUCAAAAGGUAAAUCGGUAUUAGAAGGUCGAUCCUUAUUUAUAUUUGGUCCAAAUAAUCCUCUGAGAAUUUUCUUUUAUGAAAUUUUGAGUAAUCC